AGACAUGGUGAGAUCAGCCAGCCAGCCAGCCAGACAGAUAGCAGCAUAAUAUUACAGCAGAGGUCAUUAUUUCUAUGGACUGGACCCAAAAAAGAAACACAACAAUGAAGUGCAAUGAGGACUAGGAGCGAGCUUUGAUCCUUUCGACAUAUCAGGAUAAGGAGAAACAAAACCCAGAUGCAGCACUGUGACUUGUUUUGAAGAAGACCCGAGGAGCAGCACUGCUGGAAUCGUUGUGCAUACUUGCUAAGCUAACGUGUAGUUUCAGCUUGAUAUUGCACGAAAACAGGACACUGGAACAGUCGUUGGCAUUUCCGAUUUGGAGUUUUGAUGGAGCGCUGAUCAUCUGGACUGGAUCAAUAAUCAAUUAUUCGCAUGCAAUCAAAAGGCAUGCUGACUUUCUUUUUUGUAUGCAUAGCUGGCUAGCUAGCACGGUAGUCCCCCCUCCAGCAGGGGCUCGGCAGCUCAGGUCAAAGCCGAUACCCCGGCGCUGUGCGUCCGCCUGAGUACCUACGCCAUGCCGCGGAGUGAUACCAGCCCGGCCGUAGAGCUACCUGCGGCUAGCUAACGUUAGCUAGACUUAGCAGGCCCGUUUAGGUGGUCAGUAGCUAGUUUACCAAAUUAGCCACUGUCAGCUAAUAAGUAACAACCCAGAGCCGAGAAGCAUCUCGAACGUUUUUUUCUUGCGUGGUACUUUCAUUUUAAUAACCCCAAAAGCUAAACUAACACCAGGUAAGCUGCUAGCUAACGUUACUUCGUUGAUUAGCUAUGCAAAGCCAAUGGACGUCCCUGGCUAACGUUAGAUGGUUUACAGUACGUUAGCUCACAAACUGCUACUAACGUUACCUGCUAGUCGCCUAAAGAGUUGGUGUGUUUGUGUUGAUGGUGUGGUAUUGGACUAUUUACUCAAUUAUCCGACGUUACUGUGUGUAUGACUAAUUAAUUAGCAUUGCAUAUUCAACUAAUAUUAGUCCAGCAGAUAACGUUAUCAGAGCAGUCUUGGACGCUAAUGUUAGAUUGCAUCGUUAUCUAUAUCUAUGCAAGCAUAGCUGCCUAUGCUGGGCAAAAACAAACCAGCCUAGACUAAUAACGUUACUUCUGUGGGAUCAUUUAUAUUUCCACUACCGUUCAAAGCCACACAAAUAAACAGGUCUGGAUGUCAGACAGGGCAACGUCGAUAAUUUAGAUUCUUAUUUUCUAGUAAGCUUCACAUCCAAUACGUUUUAAGUAAUGCUGUCGUGAUAUUUGGGGUGCCAGUGAUUAUUGCGUUUAGUGUGAAUCAGUCUUCAGUAGAUUAGGCUUAGGUUCAUUGACAGUAAACGGCAUGGGAGUUGUUGACCUCUUCCAGAUAGCAAGGAAUCCGCCAGUCAUUCAUAAUUGAUGACCUCUGUGGAAACAAGCUGUCCUUUAUCCAGUUUCGACUGCAACUAAACCACUAUGUUAAGCCUGUGAACACUAACAAUUCCCUUUUUAUUCUAGUAUUUUUUAUACUGAUUACCUGUGUAUAAACACCGAUAUAACCAAGUGAAGAAGGGGUAUCAAGGGGAGAGAGUCCAACCUGUGUAAUAGUGUGAACCUUAUGUAUUUGGCAGUGCUUUAUCUUAACCUACAGCAUUGACUCUCAACUUGAAGCAUUGGAAAACAUGAGGAGCAUCCUCAGUGGCCUCUCUGAUCUGAACCAGCUUCCCAUAAGCUGACGCAAAUAGCCUCAAGAUUCGGACUAAGAUCUGUGAAAGCACAAGGGAGCCCCAUUGUGUGGACUGAGAGAACUUGAAGUGGAAAGAGAUGGUGAUGACCACAGCGAUGUUGCCGCUGGCCCAGUGACAGAGUUGGACCUGUGGUGAUCCCGCAUCAGUAAGCAGAAGAGCCACGCAGGCCGCAGACAUGAGUCUCCGCCAGCCCACCUCCACUCUGGACAGCAGGGCAGCCAAUAAGAAAAACUCCCACCUUUUCAGCCCUUUUGCUGCUUGGCUCAGCAGCUUGACCAUAGGGGACUCAGAGCGCAAAUCCUCCACCGCCCAGCAGAGGGAGCCCACAGCUGAUGUCCCUGCUGAGAGCACUGGUCCUGGUCUCGUCCACAGAUGUGUGAUUGUGCAGAAGGACCAGCUCGGUUUUGGCUUCACUGUGUGUGGCGAGAGGGUCAAGCUGGUCCAGAAUGUUCGGCCAGGUGGAGCAGCGGUCAAGGCUGGAGUCCAUGAAGGGGACCGAAUCAUAAAGGUGAACGGCUCACUGGUGUCCUCCAUGUCCCAUCAAGAAGUGGUGAAGCUCAUCAAAUCUGGGACAUAUGUCGCUCUCACACUGCAAGGACCGCCUCCCUCGGCCGUCUCCCUACCGCUAGAGCCCCUCCCCACAGACCUCCUGCCCAAUCAGAGGACAUCUCUGGGUGGGGAGGCUCCGCCCCCUCCCCCACCACCGCUGCCCUCUGGAAUGAGCAGCACCCCUUCCCAAAGAAUCACUGGACCCAAACCACUGCAGGAUCCAGAAGUACAGAAACAUGCCAGUCAGAUCCUCAGGAAAAUGCUACAGCAGGGAGAGGCUGAGCUCCAGGACUUGAUGGAGGAGCUGUCACGAAACCCCUCGCCAUCUCUGGAGGAGCGGAUUGAAAGUGCCAAGAGGCGAACUCAGCAAGUCAGGGUCAAGAUUCAGCAAGAUCUGGAGGGAACCCGAUCAGAAUCUGUCACCAACUAUCUCAUAGCAGGAGAAGGUCGAUUAUCAGUGGACUCAAGCGAAGGAGACUUUGAGGGCUUUGAGAGUCCCCACUCCUCCCCAUCAUCCUCCUCCUUCAGGACACCCCAGCACCGACGACAGGGCUCACACACCUCUGAUUCGGGUGGAAAGGCCCAAAUUAUCGGCCCUGAGGAAGAAGAUGAUGAUGAUGGUUACGCAUUCAAUGAGAUGGAUGGUCCCUUCCAGGACAUAGAGCUGUUGAAGUCGCGGCCGGCCCACAUGACGGUGUUCAUGAGAUACGUCUUCACCCAGCUGCUGGACCCCAACCCCCUGCUGUUUUAUCUAUCAGUGGAGGCCUACCUGGGUUCCAGCCCUAAAGACGCCCGCUCCCUCGCCCCUCAGAUCUGCUCCCACUUCCUGGACCCAGAUGCGCCCUUGAAAAUCAAAGUACGAGAGGAAUACCUCACAGAUAUAGAGAGUCGUCUCCAUGCCCAGGAGGAUAUUAGAGGGCCGCUGUCUGAGCUGCAGCAGCAGGUGCUGCCAGACAUCCAGGACCAGAUACAGGACUACAGGAACAAGCAGAUGAUGGGCCUUGGUUCUCUAUUUGGAGAAGGAGACCUGCAGCAGCUGGACGGAGACCCAGCUAAAGAGAGACAGGUGGUGGACAGACAGGUCACCGCCCUCUGGGAGAUACUAUCAAAGCACGAAGAGGACAGAAGUUCUCCUCUGGCGUCGGCGGUGCUGCUGUACCUGCGUCAUUCUGGUAUAAAGCUAAGAGACUCCAAGGUCUUCCCAGGUCUGAGCACGGAGAAGGAGAAGUGGCUGGCUUUCUUCCCCAAGACAAAGAAGCUAAGUGGCACCAAGAAAGAAAAAGAUGGAGAGGAUAAAAAGAGAAAUCCCAUCCUGAAGUACAUCGGCAAACCCCGGAACACAUCCCAGUCCUCGUUCCAUGUCCCGUUGUCGCCUACUGAAGUCCGUUCUGGCAGUGUGAGGAACAUCAUUCAGCAGUUCGAGAACCACACGGAGGCUCCGGCAGAAGAGGGGACGGACGGCGCCGACCCCCAGAGGCUCUCCACCAGCAGCCUGGGAGAAGACAGCAUGGACAGUCCAACUGUCUCAGUGCGUUUGGCUCGUAGCGAGUCAUUAAAGGCUCAGGGGGAGGGGCGUCGGCGGGGCGGCACCUCGGGGGCGGAGUCUGUCCCCCGUUCCCGCAGCGAUGUGGACAUGGAGGACUGUGGGGAGGAAAGGGAGGGCCCGAGCCUCAGGCCGCUGCAGCACAGCGCCUCGUCAUCUGCAUCCAGCAGCUCCGCACGGUCUCUAGAGAACCCUACACCCCCAUACACCCCCCGGUCUAGACGCAGGAGCAUGGAGUGCCCGAUGGCCCUGCUGCCGGAUGCUGCGGCCCUGGAGGAGGAGGUGUGUGACGGUCAGAACUGGCAGGACACAGUGCCUCCUCACCUGCUCGCCACAAUCAGCCCCAGGGAGGUGGACAGGCAGGCCGUCAUCUAUGAGCUGUACACAACAGAGGUUUCCCACCUGCGGACGUUGAGGGUCCUGGAUCAGGUCUUCUUCCAGAAGAUGAGGUCUGUGCUGAGCUCUGAGGAGCUGGCCUGCAUCUUCCCCAACCUGCCCCAGGUCUACGAGCUCCAUGCAAGUCUGUGUGAGGCCAUGAAGAAGCGGCGAGAGUCUCCCAUCGUUCAGGACAUUGGGGACGUCAUGCUGGCCAGGUUUGAAGGUGCAGCAGGUGAGGAGUUCCAGGAACAGGCGUCCCAGCUGUGCAGCCAAAUGUCUCACGCUCUGGAGCUCAUCAAGAACAAGCAGCGCAAAGACCCACGCUUCGCUCACAUCAUCCAGGAGUGUGAGGCCAGUCCCCACUGCAGGAGGCUGCAGCUCAAAGACCUGCUGGUGUCUGAGAUGCAGAGACUCACCAAGUACCCUCUGCUGCUGGACAACAUCAUCAAACACACAGAAGCCGGUGCAUCAGACCUCCCUUCACUCCAGCGCGCUCAGGCGUGUUGCCGAGGCAUCCUGCAGGCUGUCAACAUGGUUGUCGGGGAAACAGAACAUCGGCAGCGCCUCAGCCAAUACCAGCGCAGGCUGGACGCUGCACCUCAGUUCAAGAGUCUGGACCUGACCACAAAGAGAAUGAUUCAUGAAGGCCCGCUCACCUGGAAAGUCAGCAAAGAUAAGACGUUAGAGAUCCAGGCCCUGCUCCUGUCUGACCUCCUGGUCCUGCUGCAGAGGGGCCCAGAUGAUCGGCUGCUUCUGCGAUGCCCCUCUCGCUGGCUCGGUGGGGGCGUCGGGGGCAGUGGGGACACCAAGACCUCCUUCAGCCCACUGGUGAGGCUGGACUCCCUGCUGGUCCGCUCUGUCGCCACAGACAACAAGGCUCUCUACGUCAUCAGCACCACAGAGCGGCAGAUCUACGAACUGGUGGCUGGAACAUCGUCAGAGAAAAACACCUGGAAAGACUUACUUGAAAAGACCAUCUCAAUAGCUGGUGGCUCGUCUCCCCUGAUAAACCAUGGAUCCACACCUAUAUCUUCCCCUAGUCCAGGCAAUGCUUCCCCAGUGUCAACUGGCAGCCAUGUCUACCAAUCAGAUGACUCCAUGACAGAGCCUUCAGUUUCCACGGAGAUAAAUUCCUCCAAUGACAGCAAUGUGCUCACGGCCACUACACCUACGGACCAAUCAGGCUCUUUCCUCUGUGGCGAUGGACAGCAAGCUGGAGUGGCAGAAGCCGCUCUGCAGGACGUCGAAACACUAAGGCAGCUGAUCUUCAGAGAUUUGGAAGAGGAUGGGUGGAGCCAUGACUCAGAUGACACACCCACCAAUGAGACGGCCAAUGAGAGGAGCUCGUUCUCCGAAACGCAGAGGCCAGAGUCCCUGGAGACUGUCCUCAGCUUCAGCACCAACCAAUGGGAGGCUGAGCCAGAUGAGGCCCUGCCCUCCAACCCAGAGCAGGCCAGUUUUCAGGUCGUGAGGAAAGCUGUGGUUGCGGGCUCUUCUUCUAUCCCUGAUGGCAUCACUGAUGUCAGCUUCCCCUCGGACCAAUCGUGUGAGCCGAGAGGCGAGGCCACCACGCAGGGUAACACUUUCUACUUGGUGAUGCCGAAUGACCAAGGUGAGAGUGUCACCGACGACCUCAAUGACCCACCCACCCCAACGGCCAGCCACUUCCCCCAACCGCCAGAGGAAGUGAUGUCCCCACAGGUACAGCCAGAUGAGGAAACACGGGCCCAUGGUUCAGAGCCCGACCAAUCAGAGGCUAUGCAACUGGAACAGGAGGAAGAAACAGGCCAUUCGCACACUGGGCACCAGAGUCACGUGAUCAAAAAUGUGGAUGAUAUUUUUCACACCAUCGAGGGGUUGAUGAGCAAGUUGCACCAGCUAAGGGACAUAGAAAAGGCCCAUCACGCACUUCUAAAAACGCUCAGAGAGCCCUCUGUCGGUCAGGAGGCAGAGGACCGACCGUGUCACUCAGCAACCGUUUCCAGGACGCCAUCUCUGGACCGCGGCUCGGGAGACGGCAAGGAGGGCAGUCCAGCAGAACCCAAGAUCCAGUCCACUGGCUUCUGACGUCACCUCAGAGUGGAUUUACUGAUGGACACACACUCUUGACUGUUGGCAUACAGACGCACACACACGUACCCACUGUCAGACUCAGGCACCCCGGCCUCGCCUCCCCUCACCCCGAUCCCUGCAUGCACACAGUCCAAUGAAACAGGACCCAGGAAGGACUGCUGGUGUUGUUUCUGUUGCCCUGGGAUACCAGGAAGCUGGACUGACCACUUAGGACCACCCAGGAUUGCUGAGGUCAGUGUGACCUCUGACCUCCUCCAGAGAACGAGGGAGUCCAUGGGAAGAGAGAAAGGACUAUGAAGGAAUGAAAAGGAGCAAGUAAAAUGUUAGAGGAGUGAGGGAAAGACGGCACGAAGAAGCAAAGAGAGGAAAAGUCGGAAGAAUCUGAACUGGAAAGUGGAAAAAAAUGACCAAGAUGGGGAUUUGCGAAGGGAAACUGUCGGCUGCGAUUUGAAGGAUCGAGUUGCUGUAUUUUUUGAUUUCAAGAGCUGGUUGAAGGAAGGGAGCAGAAAAGUGUUAAAUUGUCGAUUUUAAGGAAAUAUCCCGAGGGACCCAUCACCCCAGCACUUUAUCCACAACACAUCAUCUUUGUCAUGCGUAUGUAUGUCCUCUGCAGCGGACAGGUCAGGGACUGGAGAUGCUCUGUGGCUUUAUUAUGGGCUGAUGCUGCAAACCAAGUUUGAGCCAAGAUGGCUUCCGGGGGUUUUGCUCCCCACCCUUCAGUUGCUUUACACUGAGUUCCCCUGCCACCAAGGCCGAAGGACUGUGUCUCUAUAAUUCAGGUUAUUUGCACUGGCUUGUCAGUAAGGAAACAAACAUCACACACAACAUUUGUUUAACCGUCUCAUUCAUAAACUACAUUCAUGCCCCCAUACUACUGGAGAAACACUACUUAUUUAAGUUUUUAUGCUAUUUUUGUGAACACCACAGUGGCAGCCAUGCUGACAUAGCCUUUACAUCUUUUCAUGUCUCCUAAGCUAAGGAGCCAUCAAUGCAACUUAUUGAUCAUUAUAUGGUUCAUAUUGUCCAUAAAGAAACACUACUGCGCUGUUUACUACUGAAGCGCUGUUUUUUUUUUCAUUUUGCUUUGUUUUUGUUUGUUUUUUGUUUUGUUUUUUCUCUCAGCGCUGCUCAACAGACAUACAGGGAUCACUACGAUAAAGGAAACAUGUCCAGCUGUUCUGAUCAUGUCACGUUUUGGUUCAAGCAAAGAUGCGGGACUUUUCGGAGCGAGAUCCAGACAGGCAGUGUUGCCACAUACAACGACAACAACAGCGGGAAAUAGGGGACUACAGAUUGAACCUUUGAAACUUGAAUAUUCAGUUUAAAAAAAAAACAAAAAAAAAAACUAUUUAUCACAAUCAUAUUGCUGCCAAAAAAUGGUUGGUAACAUUGCCUGUCUAGUACACCACUUUAAAUAUUGCCUAUUAAACCUGCAGGCCUCUCUCCGCUGUAUUGUGUGUGUAAAUACUGUGAACCAGCAUCCCCCCCUCCACACCGUAGGUAGUGUUUAUGCUCCUCUAGCCCGCCUCCAAAUCCACGAAGGGACUUCACCAAGUAGCAUCCUAGUGAGACACCCCCACCCCCUAUUCCUGCACAGAAUAACUUAUAUUUAUUGGGAGAAAAGAAAUGCUCUGUAAAAAGAAAAAAAUAAUAAUAAUAGUAAUAAUAAUUUGAAAAAGUAUACACACAUGGUCCAAGUUGGAAGAAAUAACACAUUAUAUGCUCCAGGUCUCUUGAUUGCAGCAUGGUUAGGUGAAGGGACAUUUCAUUUAACUUGUUGUAUAUUCUGUUGGAGCAUAAUGUAAUGUGCUUUAUUUGAGAAAACAAAACAAAAAAAAAAGAAAAAGAAAAAACACGUGUAACCCUUUUUUGUAAAGCUUACGUUGAGGUUAUGUGUAACCGGCAAAGAGUGACACUAAAGCUGAGGGAUUUUAUUUUUAUUAUCAUUUUUCAAAGCUCAUCUCUCUGAUAGUUUUUAUACACUAGCAGACCAAGGCAAACUAUACUCCAACUUGUUACAAGAAGAGAACUUCAGAAAAGAUUAAUUUAUUCAAACUGACAAAACUGGGAGACAUUUUUCAACAUCUUCACAGUGAAUAGUUUGUUUUUUCAUACCAGUUAGAACAUAAAUAUUGGCUGUUUUUAUUGUCUGUAUGUCGUGACACCUCACUCUCCUCUCUUGUCAAGCUGAGCAGGAAGCACACUGGACUAACUUCUUUAUUUGAACUGGUUUCAAAUACUAACCAGGGGAGCGCUUAAUUAUUGAAUGUCUGCUCUGUAACAGCGUCAAAACUGGAAAACUACCAAACGAAGCCAAAUCAGCAGCUCCUUACACUCUUACAUUUCUCGUUUUUCCCAGAAAACGGACUCUACCAGUGAUAUUUCACCAACUGGAGGAACAUUUCCGCUCUUUAGUCAGCACACUAUCAACGUGCUAAAGAGUCAUACCCCCUUUAGUAACAGCUGUUUUGGGGAUCCGCUGCCAUCCCGACUGAGGUAGAACUACUUCCUGAGAAGAGUGACUCUGUCCGGGUUUGUGGAGUCACAAUUAUACAGGAGUUAAAAAAAGGGAAAUUAUUAGAUUUUCCAAAUGUGAAGGAAUGUGGAAGAUUCCCAUUGAUACAAAUGGCAAGUGUUUAAGUCAGUUGGAAAGUAAAGCAAGCCAAUGUUGUGUUUCAAGUCAAGGCCUGUAUCAAGAGUUAGUUAACACUAUUAAACCAUUAAUUUAACAAAAUAAGCUCAGUUUUUUGACAGCCAAAUUUGGUUUACCAGUUCGAAAAAAAGAACAUGCAUGAUAAAAGUAACAUUUAUUUGGGAGUUAUUUGUGUUUCAAGGUCACCUUUUUCCAGAGAACUGCUACUUUUCUGCUAUUUAUCGCAUAGUUGGAUAUAUCCGUUUUCAGAAAAUAUUUUAAUAGACUCUUGUGGAUGACUCCCUUGUUUUAAUUACAGGUUUGAUGUCGAUGUGAAUGCUAUUUACAAGUCCAAAGGUAGUACUUCCGGCAAAUACUUGCACGACAACAGCAAAGUAAAGUCAGCUAUCGUUAACAAAUUCUUAGUCUGUAUCACAAGGUAGGUAACAGGAUUAAACCCUUAACAGUCGAUGUUUUCAAGAUCCUUUAGUGUUAUUUGCCUUCAUGUCGUUUAUGCCAUUGUUUUCAGAAAAAUACAAAAUUCCUGUCUUGAAGUACCAGUUGGACAUUGAACGCUAUUUACAAGGUGGAAGUCGGUACGUCUGUAAAUACUUUGUAACAGGAGCACGGCAUGGAUCCCCAUAACAGCCAGAAUCGGUGGUUGAAGAUUACUGAACUUCAGCGUAUUUGUGCUAAAAUGUCAAACUGUUCUACCAAAGUGAAAUAUCUCUCCAAGAGUUAGGCUAGUUGAAGGGAAAUCUUUUUGUAGCUGUGGCUGCUGAUUAUCAAACAUCUCGCACUAGGAGACCGGAUUAAAAACACACCUUCCUGUCCAGCCGAGGACUGAAAUGUUGAAAUGUGACUCAAAGACGUGUUGAGUCCUGGUUCCUGACUCUCUGAUGUCUUCAAACACCGAGCAAUCCUUGAUCGGCUCUCCUGCUCUGAGAUGGCUGGUGAAUUUGAGCCACCAUCCUGUUUUUCCUCUGCUGAAAAACUUCUGUCCACUUCCUCCCACCUGAGCACAGCAUUUUUUUUUUCAUCUCCAAUUUCUACCUCUACAUCUCAGUUUCUUUACACUCUUCAAUGGUCUCUCUCUUCUUUUUCAUACAUGGUAUAUACUGAUGUCCUCGUCUUGGUCCUAACUGGCUCUAAAGAAGCUAAAACUGAUUCCUUUUGUAAAAUGUUGCACAGAGAAACUCCCUGCACAGUGCAAACUACUGUAUGCAUACACAAGUCUUUAACUAUCAUCUCAUUGUCUUUUUUUUUUAAACCUUGUUCACUCAUGUAAUAUAGAGAGAUCACACCCCCUUGUUUUAUAUGUUAAUUCUUUUUUUUCUGUAAAGCCUUAGUCUUUGUCUUUGAUUUUAUUUUUGUAGAUACGAUAAAGAAAAAAAGAGAUGUGUAAAUUAUUUUCUUCUCCCCUGUUUUUAAAAAUGGUGAGAUUGUUAGCUGCACAGAGGCAAAAUGAACUCAUGUUUCAGAUUCAUGUGUUUUGUGAGAUUAAAAAGAAACUGGAAGAAAAG